CCCUCAUGCAGGUAUAACUGUGGAUACUACAUCGGCAACUGUUCAUGCACUAGCCAUUGUCAGUACUAUGGAAACUGUUGUCAUGACUACUAUGGUUAUUGCCACGUGAACACAACAUCACGGCCAAUCCUAACAACAGAGAAUCACCCUGAGUGUGGAGGACACCUGUAUGGUUCUGGGCUGUUUUCCAGCCCCAAUUACCCCAGUUAUUAUCAUGACAAUGCCUACUGUGUUUGGUAUCUCUCCGCUCAGCAAGGCCAGAGGAUCUUUCUGUCAUUUACUGAUGUGCAAUUGGAACGCUGCUGUAACUGUGACUACAUUUCUGUGUACGACGGCCCAUCCAUUGGUUAUCCACGGUUGGGACAGGUCUGCUUCAGUAAUAACACACACCAGGCCUUUCACUCUUCUUCACGUUACUUGACUGUUCUCUUCAGAAGUGACCACUCUGGUGUCAGACAUGGUUUUAAGGCCCUAUUUACUAGCUCUCUGACCGCAGAUCAAGGUACUGGCCCGGGAAGGAUCAUAUGUAUAUUCAUAUAAUCAUAUAACAAUUUGUAUUUCAAAAUAACUCUAAAAUCACUUUUAGAUGUUGCACAGCCGUGAUAUAUAUGCCAUCCCUUAUGUAAUCAUACUACUGGAGUAUCCAUUUUCUCAUAAAAUAAGUAAGAAAAAACACUACUAAAAAUGCAGUAUGUAUUAUUCAGUUUCUUUGUCUUUGCUGAAUAUGAACGAAUGCUUUACAUGCACAAAAUAACAUGAAAGGGAUUUAAAAUCCUUUUCUUUACAGGUCGCGUGGACUGUUCAUCAGACAACAUGGUCAUUGUCAUUCGAGCAUCUUACCUGAACUCACUUGGGUUCAAUGGAAAUGAUCUAUAUGUGGACGACCAUCGAUGCAGACCCACUAUUACCAGUACUGAAGUUGUGUUUCGCUUCUCUCUUGACACAUGUGGGACCGGCAAAGAGUCAGGCGAGAUCACACGUCAGUCACAGUUCCUACUGCAUGUGGGCUGCCGAAUGGAGCCAGACACCAUGGUGGAGAUUUUCUACAAGGCCAAAGAGAAUAUCAAUGCCAACAUCACUGGACGUGGCCGCUUCAAUGCAAUUGGCAUAGCCUUCUACACCUCCAGCAGUUUCAGCCAACAAAUUUACGACUCUCCAUACCAGGUGACGCUUAACCAGUACAUGUAUGCUAUGGUUAAGCUAGACCGACAUGACAACACACUAGAUCUCUUCUUGGACACCUGUGUAGCAUCUCCGUAUGCCAAUGACUUCCAAACCCGCUCCUAUAACCUGCUGCGUGAUGGAUGUGCCAGAGACAGCACAUACUAUUCCUACACCAAUGGUCAGCACUACUAUGCUCAGUUCCGUUUCCAGGCUUUUAAGUUCCUCCGGACUCACGCCUAUGUGUACCUGCAGUGUAAAGUGAUCAUCUGCCCCGAAAAUGAUUACAACUCUCGCUGACGCCAAGGUUGCCGCUUUCGCCGCAAGAGAUCUCUCGACACCACCUACCACACCAACACUGUGAUACUGGGGCCAAUCAAACUCAAAGGACAGAGGCCUGGCGUGGGGCAGUCUGAAAAGACAAAGGAAUGAAGUGAUCAUCUUUAACCUUCAUCGUUGCCAUCAGUCAUACUUUAUUAACCACCCAGCAAAUUAGUUUAAAUAAAAAUGUUAUUCUUCAAAUCAAUAAAGCAUU